AUGACAGCGAUCGCUGGGAGCCCUGGAUCGUGGAGUGAAAAUAUACUGGAAUAUUUUCUGAGAAAUAACCAGAUUACAACAAAAGAUGGCGCAGAGAUCACCUGGUAUCAUGCAGCCAACCACAAAGCUCAGAUGAAUGAGGCAGUGAAAAGUACUGCUCACAUGUUAGAAGCUGAUGUCCUCCUUCCUGCUGAUGGAUCAGAAUACAACCAGCCAAUCAUGGCCCAUCCUCCUGAGACAAGCAGUGAUAACACGCUAGAGGAGUGGCUGGCUGAAGCUGUGAAAAGCAAUAAAGGCAUCAAGCUGGAUUUCAAGAGUCUGGCAGCUGUAGAACCAUCAAUGAUGUUCUUAGAAAAGGUGAAGACAUAUCUGAAUCGUCCUGUGUGGAUUAAUGCUGAUAUUCUUCCUGGUCCAAAUGGAAGCAACAAGGUUGUGGACGCAGAACUAUUUAUAGACACUGUGACAUCCUUCUUCCCAGAUGUGACAUUUUCUCUCGGUUGGACAACAGGAUGGCAUCCUCAGAAAGUCAAUGAAGGUUACAGUUGGGCAAUGGUGAAGGAGAUGGAGUAUAUAUGUGCGGGGCUAAGUCAGCCUGUAACCUUUCCUGUCAGAGCAGCAUUAGUCAGACAGUCUUGUCCUCAGUUCCUUUGGUUGUUAAAACAAUCAAACCGGUACAGCCUGACUCUUUGGACUGGAAAAGAUGAUAACUAUUCUGUGGAAGAUUUACUUUAUGUUAGAGACCACUUUGACAAAAGCCAAGUUUUCUAUGACCUCUCGGAACCACAGACCCAUGAGUUUAACCAAGCCAUAUCUCUAAAAGGAAGAUUGUUAUAA